GACAGAUCUCGAGUUUGCUAUAAUUAAUCCACACAAACACAGAUCUCUCGUUUGCCGUAAGCGAUCUGCAAGGAUGCCUUCCCCAGCCGUCCAGUUAGCUGGUCAGUUCGUACGACUGUGGUGGAGAGAGUGGAGAAGUGGGCCACGUCAAAGCUCCCCGCGAAACUCUGUGCCAUGAGAAAGUAAACUCAGAAUUCCCAUUCCCUCUUGACACAAACUACACAUUUCUCUUUGGACGUCCACAAAACCAUGGGGUUCCUGCGUGCGCUUUGUUGCAGCUCCGUUGACAAAAACGACCCUGACGACCAUCCAACCCCAAAUCGACCACUUCACCAAGUUCGCGAAAAGGAAUCGCAAAAUGGCCAAAAGGCGCCGACAAAUGGUAACCAGGGUUCCUCCUCGACGGAUGUGACACAGGGAAACCCCGAGGAAAAGCCCAUGGAAAAGCCUGCGGAAGAGCCAAAAGAGAAACCUCCACCACGUAAUCUGUGGAAGGAAGCAUAUGACGGAUUGGAUCGCUCGACCCAGGAGCUUUUACCUGCGAAUGAACAGCCUGCCACAGACGCCAUCCAGGGCGUUAUUGAUAUUACAACGGAAAAGUAUAAGGAGUUCCAGAAGGGCGGCCUCCGAAUCCACCGGAAGGAGAAAGGCGAUAUCAAUAUCCGUGAUGCAUCAGAGGAAAUCCUUGAGGCUGCAAUGAAGGCCAAGGACGUGAUUGCAAAGGCAGUAUCUUUUGAUCCUACAGGACACGCAUCUUCUGCAUGGGUGGUUAUUUCUUUCGGAAUGAGCAUUAUUCAAAACAGAUUAGACCGCCGAGAUGCCAUCUUCGAGUCUGCUGCAUAUCUCACUGAGAAUCUAUCCUGGUUUGCAAUUGUUGAUACCAACUACAGGAACCAGGGGACUGAAUGUGAUAAGAAUGUUGACGAGGUUCUACUUCGGGCCUAUAAGGCGAUACUACAGUUCACAGCUGAAGUCAAAAAGUCAGAGAAGGAGAACGAAGCGGUCCGUACCCGGAAGAGCAUCUUCCCAUUGACGGACCAAGCUUUGUCGACUCUGAAGGAUGCAGUCAGAGAGCAGAAAGCCGCUGUAAAACAGUGGAUUGAGCUUUCUGCAAACCUUGAUGAACGAGAGCGUGCAAAGGAGCUUCUAGACAAGGCUGAUGAAAGCCUUGAAGCUACACGAAGACUGGAGAACAAAGCAAAGACUGUGGAGAAGGAGACUCAGGUCAAAUGGAUGUCACAGUUCAAUUUCUCAGGACGCCAGAACUUCUUGAGUGAGAAAAGAACUAGGGGCACUGGUAUCUGGCUUUUUGGGUCGCAGGAGUAUACCGAUUGGAUGGCCAACCCAGGAGACGUACUUUGGCUACCUGGUAUCACGGGCUGUGGAAAGUCUGUCCUUUGCUCUACUGUGAUCCAUGAGCUGAGCGAGAGAUGCGAAUUGGACCCAUACAAGUACCUCGCCUACUGGUAUUUCCACUUCGGCGACGACUUGACGAAAAGUGUUUAUUCUAUGGCCAGGUCGCUGAUUAGACAGUUGAGCCGGUCCCCACUGCCAUCGUCAUUGGUGAAGUUAUGGGACAGACAUCGCAUCCCAGGCAGCGAGCCUGAUUUAAAAACCAUAUUAAGGGUACUUGACGAUGUUUUAUCUAAUAUUCCUGACCAGAGACAUGUUUACUUGGUUUUUGAUGCCUUGGAUGAGUGUCCGCACAGCCCUAAUGCCGACAGUGAGAGAAAGUUGCUUCUUUGCGUUAUUGUCGACCUUCUCGAGCGGCACAAGGAUAAAGUUCACAUUCUCGCUACUAGUCGGCCUGAGAAAGAUAUCAAAGACAAGCUGGAGAGGUUCUCUACAGUCGAUCUAGAGGCCCAUUUGGCUGAAGACGUGAAACAAUUCGUUACCGCUGCAAUUUCACGAGAUACACUUCAGAAAUAUAGUGAAGAAAUCAGGGCACUAAUAUUCCAUACAUUGGUAAAUUCUGAGGACCGAUGCUUGAGAAGCGCCGCAAACUCCGCAUAGGCGAUGACGAUAUAAAAGAAGUUCUCAAGAAGAUUCCAAAAGACUUGGAGGAUACUUAUCGCAGGAUUCUUAAUAGCAUUGAACCCGACGACAUUCUCCGGGCACGACACAUCCUCAUGCUCAUUUGUCUUUCGCCGGAGACUCUUGAAGUCAAC